CCCAGACCCAGACCAAAAAUGCUGCCGGCAGCACGUCGCGGCUGUAUUGCCGGCCAGGAAUUGCCAGGUGUAAAGCCGCCUUCAUGGGACGACACACUCGUAGACACCCUCCGCAUCACCUCCAUGGGCCAGUACCGCACCAACUCCUCCCCACAGCCGUGGGUGAGGAAAACGUCCCGCGUCCUAGACGUGGCCCUGACGCGACUCCGCCUGGGCGGGCCACACACGCUUCAAGACUAGGGAUGGGCAGGUUCCGUUAAUUUGAGUACCAGUAGUACCGGUAACGAAAACUUAGGUACUGUUAGUACCGGUACCGGUACCUGCCCACCCCCUAGUCAAGACUCGGCGCUCACCUCCACCGCCUGCGCCUCGUCCGAGUCGUCCCCGACCCUCACUGCACCUGGUGCAGGACCGUCGAGGUCUCGAGGACACCAUUGACCAGGGCCGGUACUUAUAAAAGUUCAUAGCGCUAUGAAUUUUUCAUAAACCUUCAAAAUGGCGGAUAUUUUUCAUAAAUAUUUCAUAAGCAGUUCAUAAGCCUUAAGAAAAAUUCAUAAGCGUUAAGAAAAAUUCAUAUGGUAAGACAGCGCGAGAGGUGUCAUACGAGCUUAUGAAAUUUUCAUAGGUACAAAGGACUGACUCUUCAACGGGUCACAUGUACAUUAAGGUUAAGAUCAAGAUCAAGGCAUCAUGGCUGGACAACAACAACAAGCCCGUGUACGUCAGCCAAGGGAAUUUCGAGAAAGGAGAGACGUCCUGAAUGAACUGAGUGAUACAGAACUGAUCAGAAGGUACCGACUUGAUCGUGCUGGCAUUGUUUUUGUGACAGACUUGGUGAGGCCCGUGUUACUGAGACCAACGGCGACCAACAAGGCUCUCACUCCCGAGCAUAAAGUUUUAAUAACCUUAAGGUACCUAGCGACGGGGAAAAUGCAGCUCUGUAAUGGUGAUGACUUGGGAGAGUCCCAACAGACAGUGAGCAGGGUCAUCACGGAAACACUGGACGCCCUAAGUGCCCCACACAUACUGAAAAGAUUUAUAAAGUUUCCCGCCAAUCAAGAUCUCCAGCAAAAAAAGACAGAAUUCAGGGACGUUGCUGGCUUUCCUGAAGUGGUUGGUGUUAUUGAUGGAACUCACAUCAGAAUUAUGAGACCAAGACAGUUUGAGGCAGAAUAUGUAAACCGCAAGAGAUACCAUAGUAUAAAUGUGCAGGUGGUUUUCAAUGCCAAAUACAAGAUUACUGACUUAGAAGCGAAGUGGCCAGGCUCAGUUCAUGAUGCACGCAUUUUGAAUGAAAGUGGGCUCAAGAGGAUGUUCGAGACUCGUGCUGUUCCAGCUGGAUGCCAUCUGCUUGGGGACAGUGGGUACGGUAACAAAACUUGGCUGCUGACACCAUAUCUGCGACCUCAGCAUGAAUACCAGCUAGCCUACAAUAGAGCUCACAAGAAAACACGGAGUAUUGUGGAGAGAGGAAUUGGCCAGUGGAAGCGAAGAUUUCAUGUUCUCCACAGUGAAAUUCGUGUAACUCCCCCAGGGAAAGUAUGUAAGAUUAUUUUUGUCUGCGCUAUGUUGCACAACAUAUGCAAAGACAGAAAUAUUCAAAUACUUUUGGAGGGUGGUGAAGAACAUGGCCAACCACAAGCAGAGGACAACAUCCAGAUGGCUGCCGGAGAGGAAAAUGACGACAAUGGUGGUCAUGCCGAGCCGCUCCCUGCAGGUCAAGACCGUGAUGGAUUGCGGUACAGGGACGAGUUUGUCAGACGCUAUUUCAAUGUUGAACUGUGAGGAACUUCGAUGUACAAUCGUGCCAGAAAAAACUGUGUAAGUAGAGGAAUUUAACAGAAAGACAAGUUUAAGCAAUCAUAUUUAUUUAUCAUAUUUAUUUUGUAUUUUGGUUCCACUUAUCACACACUUGUGGGCAGUGCUGCUGCACUGCCCUCGCCACCACUCCCAGCGAGUGCUGCUCCGACACCAACUCCGUGCCCUGGAGGUGCCCACCUUUGACCUGCCCACGCUGCUGGCGGCGGCAGGCGUCCACCCCUUACGGCAAGAAGCUGUCAUCCGCCUCACCUGCGCCUUCCUUCGGAAGACGGGGCAGCUGACGCGCCUGUGAAGUCCUCACAGGACUGACACCAGCAGGGCCCUAAACAACAACAACAACUCGGCUUCUUCCCAGUGGAUCCUGAUGGUCGGUCCAAGGGUUCUUCCCGGUGGGGCCUGAUGGUCGGCCCAGCCCGUUCUGACGCAGGCGAGUGUUUAUAGUGGUGCCAUCCUGCAUUGGCUCAUGCUGCCCUCCCGGAGCUCAUUUUCAAUUCUAGAAUCUAGAGUCCUGGUUGAUAGGUGGUCUUCUGGACAGCAUGUGGGUAGUUUUAAGCCACUUGGCGGCGGCUGAAAAAUCCCAGCUUGGUGGCACCGGUCGGGGAUUGAACGCGGGGCCGUCUCGCUAUCCGUUCAGCCACCGCCUUCCCUAUAAUAGGGGAUAAUAUUUACGAAAGCGUAGCCUCCUCUGGCAGUGGCUGCGGUGGUGGUCCAGCCGGUGUUGCGAGAAAUACCUCCUCACCGAAAUAAGUCAUAUAUACAUGUGGGGGGGCCAGGGGAACGAAGCCCCCCCGUUAAUUAGGUUAUGUAAAGUUUGGUUAUAUGCUCCCCUACCCAAAACCCUGAUUUCCCAUGGGUUCUUCAAGUUGAACCUCUCUGCAAGCUAUUUUGCGGCUGCGGCAGCGGGUCCUUAAAAGGCAUUGAAAAGUCAAUCAUUUAGUGAUUUCCGGAGAAAAAUACUAUCUCCGUGAUAAACAGCAUCAUAUUUUGUUCAGAAAUAAGCAGUCACCAUCUCAAAAUUAGUAACGUUGAUAUAAUGAAUCUUCACCAAUGUCACUAUUGAGAGAGAGAAAAAGCAUGGAAAAUGGGUGUUAACGGCGGGGGUGUGUGCUACGGGGAGCUCUAGUAUUCUUGAUAUAUGUACCCACUGAAAAGUAAUUUUUUUGCUGGUUUGUGCUGAAAAAAACUAUCUCCACAAAAAAGUAGUCAGAUUUUGCCCAUGAAAACAUAAUCUAUGUCUUGAAAAUAAUACACCUACUCCUGCUGCAUUUAUACCAGUGAUACCAGUGAGUACUAGCAGCCAAAACAAGUCAUUAAUUUUGAAGAAAAUGAUAUUCCCCCAAAAUUAUAAACUGUAGAGGACUGUAGUAGGGCUAUUUUGAGAGGUUAUACAUUACAGAAACACCACACAAAAUUAUAUGACAGUAGCUAUAGGGCAACAUUCAUAUGUGUUGGGGCUCUAAAGUAGUACAUACAAUUUUACAUAAAAUUUUUCAGAUAUCAUCAGUUUACAUUCCAUUAGAACUUUGUUUUCUAAUAUCUAGUUAUUUUUUUAGGUGGUUGAAGUCACCCCAUUUUUGGGUAUAUUUUGACAUGCCUCUAUUCAAGUGAUACUUAUAGGUGUGUAGGAUAUAUCAAGCACCCCUGAAUCAUUCUAAAUGUUCUAGUUAGGCAUGUUACUCAUUGUUUCCAGUAGUUGUGAUGUGUGUAAUACAGAUCGCUCCUGCCAGAAGAAGUUUUCCAAAGGGGCAUACUUUUCACCAAAUCUCAAAAACACAUAUUUUGCUUGUAUUCAUAACAAAAAUGUGUCAAGAAAAUCACAUUCUUAUUUGAAUACUAUAAGGCAAAAGUGAGUGAGUGAGUAGUCGUGGCUGUGAUCGGAUGUGUCGCGUCUUGCUCCGUGUGGAAAGUGCUGUGUCGACAUGGCUGGCAAAGCCAAGGCCCCGUUGGAUUUGUGUUACGUUUGUAAGGAUUUCACCGGCGAGAAAUGGAUUGGAUGCUGUUUGUGCCCUAAAUGGUGUCAUGUGAAAGUAUGCUCAUCUGUCUGGAAUUAAGCAGGAGAAUAUACCUAAAAUUAAUUGGAUGUGCAACCCAUGCCUUCAUAAAGCAUCUCUGGCUACCAAAAUUGUGGAAAAAAUGGUUGAAUUCAAGCAACAAUUAUCUAAGGAAAUAUCUGUGGUUAAGGAUGAAGUUGAAUCAAGGGCUGUGAAGGUGCAGGAGGAGCAGGGAUCAAUUGUUGAGCAUGCUGAAUCUAGCUGGGCUGAGGUGGCAAAGAGAGGCAAGGUCAAGAAAAAUCUCUUUGUUGUAAAAGCUUCUACACAGGAAAAGAAGGCAACAGACAUGAAGGAUGAAGUCUCCCAGGAUCUGGAUCUGGAUCUGGACAAUAAUGCGCAGGGCACCAAAGAAGAGUGCCAGUUUCUUACCCCCCCCAGUAGAGAUGACAGUUGAUGAGAAACAGCAAACUGGCGACAUACAACACAUCAAAGCCAAUCAGAAAUAAAAGUCUUGUUCUUGGAGAGGAUAAACCAAAGGAAGUUAGCAUACAUUUACUCACUGGCAGAAGAAUGCGAGGAAGGCAAGAGGAGAUCAAAAUGGCCUCAUUAGUAGAUUUGACCUGAGGAAGCAUUCCGAUGUAAAGGCUGCGGUAACUGCCAGAGUGACUACCUUCCAAACCAAGACCAAACCAAGACUCCCUGCAGGAAGUGUGUAGGCAGGAGGCUACAAGGCCUCGUAGCAGCAAAACCUGCUGACUGACUCCCAUCAGCAGGUGUGCUGGUGGGAGGCUGCAGAGCUGGACAAGAGCAGCCUGUAGCAGGUGAUAGGAGGGUCAGUGAUCAUCAGAAGAAGCAGUCUGCUACUGGCAACUCCAUAUCUACAGAGAAGAUGGGAAUUUUGAAUGUCAAGAAUGUGGUAAAGCAUUCACUCCUAAGGGUGACGACAACAAAGACACCGUUACACUUACUGGUGCAAGAAGCUAUGAAUGUCAAGAAUGUAGAAAAAUACCAAGCUGGAAGGCUGAUGCUGUUAAACACACCCUUACACACACUGAUGUAAAGAAAUAUGAAUGCCAAGAAUGUGGAAUUUUUUUUAGAUAUAAGAGUGCCCGUGUUGCACACAGCCUAACUCACAGUGAUGUGAAAAACUAUGAAUGCCAAGAAUGCGGAAAAAAAGUCAGGCUGAAGGGCGCACUUGAUAAGCACACCCUAACACAUACUGGUGUGAAAAACUAUGAAUGCCAAGAAUGCAGAAAAAAAUUCAGCCUGAAGAGUUCACUUGAUAAACACACCCUUACACACACUGGUGUAAGAAAGUAUGAAUGCCAAGAAUGUAAAAAAAAAUUCAGUCGGAAGGAUUACCUUGAUUCACACAUCCGUACUCACACUGACGUAAGAAAGUAUGAAUACUUAGAAUGUGGAAAAAAAUACAGGCAGAAGAGCAGCCUUAAUGAUCACAUCUGUACACACACUGGUGUAAGAAAUUAUGAAUGCCAAGAAUGUGGAAAACAAUUCAACCAAAGGGGUAACCUUCGUACACACAUCAUUACA